UCUCAGAAACGGAAGGGACUGCUCUAUCUGCAUAACAAGCUCUAUUCACUGCAUAUAUACCUGGAUUACUCAUCAGCGACAAUGGCUCGCCGGUUGUCGUCGGUGGUCGGCCUGGCGGUGGCGGUGGCGGCGGCGGCGCUCGCGGCCGCGGUGCCUCGGUGCGCCGCGCAGACGGCGGGCUGCACGCUGUCCAUUGUGAGCCUAUCGCCGUGCCUCUCCUUCACCGCGGGGAGCACGUCCGCGCCCAGCGCGCCGUGCUGCUCGGCGCUGGCGAGCGUCGUGCAGGGCGCGCCGCAGUGCCUCUGCGCGGUGCUCGGCGGCGGCGCGUCGUCGCUCGGGGUCACCGUCAACAGCACGCGGGCGCUCGAGCUGCCGGGCAAGUGCAAGAUCCAGACCCCACCUGUCAGCCAGUGCAACGCUGUGGGCGCUCCGGUGGCGUCUCCGGCGACGCCCGGUGCUGGGUCUGCGUCUCCCUCGGCGCCGGCGCCCACCGUCGAGGCUCCUAUAGCGCCGCCUCCAGCAACAAACAGCACGACAGGUAAGUGAUGACAAGAUGCAAGACGUACUGCAUAAGUAUUACUCUCUCCGUUUACUUUUUAUAGGACAUAUUAGAAUUUUAAAAGGGUAAACUUAGUAAAUUUUAACUAACAAUUAGU